AUGCCUAAGGUGGAAUAUCUUGGUUAUAAGGUAUCCUGCAAACUGGAGGCGAAUCCGAAGGAUCUGUCGACAUUGACUGAUCUGGCAUUUCCAGGAUCACUUAGAGCCAUGCAGUCGUUUUUGGGGAGUCUGAACUACUACAGCCGAUUUAUCGAAGACUACGCGAUCUACGCGUCAGUUCUGUAUGAAUUGCGAGAAACCGACUUCAUCACGAUGAUGAAGGACACCUGCCAAGUACGAAUCCAACAAGUGCUAGAGGCAGAGAGUGUGGAUCCAGGAUCACAGGAGGAUCAGGCGAUCGACCACCAAAAGACUCUGGAUCUGGAGAUGCAAGAUCUCACUGGAGUGGAUCCACGUUGGAUCCACGCCUAUCGAUCAUUCAGCGUGCUUAAGUCCAAGAUCGCCACUACUCCGAUCUUACGACACUUUGAUCCAGAUCGAAGUGCUACGGUUGUGGUGUAUGCUAGUGACUGGGCCAUUUCGGGAUCGUUGAUGCAGGACCGUCCCGUGAAGUCAAAUGAGCUGAAUUAUGGCAUCGCGGAGAAGGAGGUACUGGUCUUGCUGAGGAUCCUGGAUCUUAACUACAAUGCCUUGGUCGGACGUCCGAUCCAUGUGCUGACCCGACACUCUACUUUGGCGUGGCUCUUCAGAUCCACAGCCUUGCAGGGCCGGUUUGGUCAGUGGAUUGCUCUACUGUCGCCGUGGACUCUCAUCACUAAGUGUGUCAAAACUGAAGAUGAGAUCCUGGGAGCAUUGGCGGCGAGCAUUUCGCCUAGAUCCCAGGUGGAUAAGGCGUUGAACCUGAUUGCCCCUAAAAUGAAACCACGGCGCAAGAUCCAGGCUCCGAUCCCCACUAUUGGACGCGACGAGGAUCUAUACGCCGUUAGUUUCGAUGGAUCCGCUCGUGUGUCAAGAGAGGCUAGAUCUGGAUACGCUGAAUAUCUGACAGUGAACAAGGCAGAAUAUCAUGGGUUAUUGUUGUGUCUGGAGCUGUUGGAAGAUCUGGAUCCACGACGUCUGGUGAUCUGUGGAGACUUGAACUUGGUGAUCCGACAAGGACGAGGUGAGAUCAAUUGUAAGGCACCGGGUUUGACACUGCUGCGCUAG